CUCACAUUAGUCUAUCCAAAAUGAAACCCCCAAUAGUUCUCAAACAUUUUCAACAUAACUCAUUGCAGAGAAACUAAACAACCAUCAAACAAUGGGGUGCCAAACAUUCCAACUCAAUCCUCAAUCUCUCUACAAAAGAAUCUCCGCGCUCUCUCUCCAACCAAACCUUAAACUCCUCAAAACCACGACUCUCAUAUGCAACAACCUAAACGAACCAGCUGUAACUGCCACAAUCAAUCAAACACAAAAUAACCCCACACCCAAUGUUAACUUCAAAACUCUAGGAUCCUGCAAGCUCGGCAUCUCCCGAUACCCCGACUUCAGCUACAAUGCCAUCGGCGGUGCAGGCUCCGGCACUGCCACAAAGCUCCCCGACGACCAAGUCUCCGUCGAGUUCGACGUGGAAAAGCUCUACAUCCCACCCCUGUCUACCGCCACAACCACCUUCCUAGGGCUCCCGCUCCCGCCAUUCCUCAAAAUAGACAUACUCCCGCGGGUCUUCCGUGGAGAAAUCGACCAAGAAUCCGGCAAGGUUGAUCUCAAGUUCAUAGCGGAAUUCUGCUUCUCGGUUGGGAGCCUGUACAGAGCGCGGCCGCUGCUGGUGGAGACGGUGUUGACAUCAGAGGAAUCGAAGGGAAAGAUGAGGGAGGGGAGAGGGGAGAGAAUGGAUGGAGAUGGGAAAUGCAGACUUGUUGGGGUGGCGACGGUUGAUCCCAUCAAUGAUCUUUUCAUGGACACAUUUCUUAGCCUCCCCACUGAAUGUCUCGCAGAUUUGAAUGCUGUCAUCUCAUUUUCAACCACACAAUAAUAGAAUAGUCCUCUCCCUUUAUUUGUAAAGAUAAGAUAUAUAUCUACCUCUCAAACCAUACUUAUCAUGAAAUAUAUAUGGCGUAUGUGAUGAUGUUCAGUGAUUCAACGAAAUAUAUGAAUUGUCCAAAUUACCAAUUUGUGAAA